AUGGAAGGAAGUGUAAGGAACUAAAGAAGGAAAUUGUGUACUCUGAGAAUUACUGAAAUAAACUUUUGGUAAUGAGAAAUAAGACAAUUAGAGGAGAAGACAGAAGAUAGAAAGAUAAAGAGAAGUUUGAGAACGAGAUAAGGAGGGAAGAAAACAAGGAGAUAAAGGGAUAAAUAGCAAAAGCAAGAAAUAAGUGUUGAAGUAAGAUUACUAGUGGUUGGAAUAAAUGAGACUCGUAAUGAAUUAAUAUAGCAUUAAGAAAAUAACUGUCUUUAGGAUAAUAAUACAUAUGUUGAAUUAAUUAGUGAUUGUUAAUACUAAGGGAAAAUAAGGAAUUAAGGUUAUCAUAGUCAAACUAUAUACUGGAAUGUGAUUGUUUUAUUUUAUACAGGUCUUCAAAGUAAUUUAAGUUUGGAAUUAUCAAUUUAAAAUAACCAAAGCUGGUACUGAAAAAUAGAAAACUGAAUUUGGUAAUUAAUUGAAUUUUUAUGGAAACAAGAGAAUCCACAAGAAGAAAGGAAGAAAUGGCAAAAAGUAAUAAAGGACUUACACAAUCACAACUAUUAUUGACAACAAGAAGAGGAUCAAUGGAAGACUCAAUCAAAAUAACCGAUCCUAAUAUACGCAUUUUGGACGAAAUAAGGAAAUUACAACAGGAAAUAAAAGAUGCAAGGCUGGAAACUAAAGAAGAUAUUAGAAAUGUAUGUGCAGAAUUAAGAGAAGAAAUAAAGGAUACAAGAUCAGAAAUUAGAAAAGAUGUUAAAAAAGAACUUGACUCCUUCGGGAAGAAAAUCGAUAAACUAUCAGAAGACCUUAACAAGACACAAAAAGAAGUCGAACAGAUAAAAGAAAGAACAGAUAUAUUGGAAAAAUCCUCUAAAGAAUUUAAUCACCAGCAAGAAGAACAAAGGCGUAUGGUUUGGAAUAAUGAAUUACGAUAUAGAGAAAAAUGCAUCAAGUUAAGAGGUCUUGUUGAACAAAACAAAGAAGAUUUAUAUGAAAGACUCAUCCCAGCUUUGGCUAAAUUUGUUGAUAUAACCCCAGAAGAGCUAGAGAUGGAAAUCGAUAAGACUUUUCGAAUUAACUCUCCCUUCAACAAAGAAAGAAACACUCCUAGAGACAUUGUUAUCUGUUUUGCAAGGACUAAAGUUCGGGAUAGAUUCAUACAGCAAAGUUAUGAAUCGAAAUUAUGGAUUGAAGAUAAUGAGAUUAAGAUAUUUAAGGACAUCCCACCACAAAUAAUGCUGAAUAGGCAAAAAUACAAACCAUUGAUUCAGCUUCUGAAGCACUUAAAUAUCGACUACAGAUGGGAAAGGAUAGAAGGACUUACCUUUUUUACCAACAGAAAAGACAUAAAAUAGAUAACUUGGAAAAAGCUAAUGAAAUAGAAGCCAAAAUAAAAAAGGAACAUAGAAGCAAUGAAGGAAAAAGACCUGAAGGAGAGUAUUCAAAAAAGGAAUGGAAA